UCUAUAUACAUAUACGUAUUAAUAGUAUUUAGAGUAAAGCUGAAAGCCAUUAAUUAUCCCGUCUGUAAAAAAUUACAAUUUGGUUAUCAGGAAAAGAAGUUAGCAACGAAGCUAGCACGCUAAAAACACGCUAAUUCUAAACAAUAACAACAAACUUAUAACUUGUUCAGUUAUACUUAAUAUUAAUGGUGUAAAACAUUCUUUAAAAUAGUUCUUAUCUUAUCUCUAAUGGCAGCUGAAAACAGUCAUUUCCUCACCAUCCUGUGGUUGUCUCUUUCCUGACAUUAAUAGGACAUCAACAACAACAACAACAACAACAACAACAACAAACACGGUCAUGUGACCAAGAAACUCACUACACAGGUCUGACACUGGAGACUCCUUUCCGUUACAGAAAGCAUCAUUACUAACUUGUCUCAUGAAACAUGCAUGUGAUAAGACCAAAAUCUGCCAAAGGACGCACCAGACCUAAAGUUACAGAGGCCUGUACUGCAGACGAUGAGCUUCUACAAGAGGUGCGUCCGUUUUCCUCUCAUCCUCCACCCAUGCCAAGCCACUCAUCUCCAUCCCCACGUCCUCUGGUUAGGCACAAUAAUCUGGGUUCAGCAGGUGAAACUGUCCUCAACAUCCCGCUGAUGUCACUAAACAAAUACAAAGUCCUCCCGUCUAUUGAGAAGAGAUCAGAAGAAGAGGUUCCCACCAGCCAUAUGGAGGAAAAGCCCUCAAGGUCAAGGCUCCAUACCAAUAAUCUCCUCAGGAGUGAUCAGGAGAUUGAGCGGGCAUCUAGCGGAACUGUCAGGAAGUCAACUUGGUGCCAGGAGGGUGAGACAGGUGACUCAGGGGUUCUGCUUGCUCUCAGAACUCCAUGUGGUCAGAGGCUCAAGUGCCAGUUCCAACCCACAGACACACUCCAGGAUGUCGUCGCUACAGCGGAGGAAAUAUCCGGAGAAAGGUACAAACACGUUCUGAUCGAGACCAUGGAGGUUCCUCGGAGGAGCUUCACCAAUCUGAACAUGACACUGUCUCAGUGUAGCAUCGUUACUAAAUCAGUCUUAUGCAUAAGCCUAAAAGACGAUCCUUAACAUUUCGAAACGGUUCCUAUUAAUAUUUUGCCUUUAAUAAGAAUUAGUGGACAAUAUUGUUUUCAUGCACUGUACUGAAUAGAUAUUUGCUUACGUUCUCUUUACAGCGUCAUAUUGCAUAAAGACACUGAUCAAAUGUUUUUAUUUUUAAAACAGGAUAGUAGAUCUUAGUUAUUUAUUAAAACAUUUCUGCAUUUUUAUUA